UUUUUCUUCGCACACACACACAAGCAAGGAGCAACGGCAAAGGGCUACGAAGCAAGCAAGCAAGCAAGCAAGCGUGUGUUUGUGUUUGUGGGUUGGUUGUCCUUGACUUGAUUGAUUGACUGUGAGCCGUCGUGCCGAGCACGGUGUGCGUAGCAGACAGGACACGUCAGAGAAGCUUCAACCAAGCCGUAGCCGCAACAGCUGCUGCAAUAGCACACCAAGCACGGUGCUGUGAGGCCUGUUGGCCUUGACUGGGUUGCAUGUCAUCGCCUCACCACUUCACCAAGACAUUAGUGCAACCACUUUCAGCAAGAGGAUGGACUCGGACACGCCGGGUGCACUGCCUGCGCAGUCGUCCCCGACGCCACCGCGCGUCACGCGCUCCACCCGCUACAAACGGCCGCUCUCUGCGAGGCUAAGAACACGCUCGUGCUCGCCAGCACCAGAUGCAGCAGACAUGGGAGACCUGGCACAGCGGCAGAGCAGCAACGAUCCGCGUCCACGAACAACAGCAAGCCGCAGCAAUACGCGCACCCCAACAGCGCCCGUCACAAGCCACAGCUUACCAGCGCCGCCGUCUUCAACCCACACCAACAAGCAUCGUGAUGAAGCCGUCACCAUCGCGCACCCUGGCAAUAAUGAUGGCGGCGGUGGUGUUGACGGCAGCAGCGACAACUCCGGCUUUGACGGCGACUCACCACUGCUUCGAGCGCUGUCAUCUCCAGCACAAUGCAUUUCCAAGGAUGGUAUGCGCCUGACACCUCCCCUGUCAUACACCGGCGCAGGGCACCAUCACCACCACCACCGCUACAGCCGAGACCUGCACGAUGAGGCGAUGCGAGUGGAGCAUGUCAGCAUCAGCCACGGUAGCAGUCGGGAGGACCUACGCACACGCCCAAACACUGGCAGCUCUCGCUCAUCGCGCUCACCAAGCAUCGCCCGUGAACGGGGCGGCAGUGCACGCUACAGUGGUGGCAUGCGGCCUGCAGCCACCCCGCCUACCGCUCAGCGCUACACAACGCGUCGCCUCGGCAGCAGCAGCGAGACGCCACUUCAACCAGGGGGCUCAUCUCCGCGCGCAGGCCUCCGCCCACGCCCACCGUCGGCGAGCUCGGGCCGCAGUCGCCCCUCGUCGCGCGAACACGUGUACUCACGACCAUCGUCCCAGGAGCUUGUCGCAGCGUACGCCUGCUCCUUUCCUUCCUCCCGCGCCGCGUCUCGCCCCGUGUCACGGCCCGCGUCCAACGACAGACCCACCACCACUGCCAACACCACUGCCACCACCCUGACGGUUGCUGGCGGCGUGUCGCCAUCAUCGACGCUGGGGCCUUCACCGACGAGCAGCGCCGGUUCGGCCGCACAGAUGGUGCACUUGCGACCACCAAGCAGCACCAGCAGCACAGCAGCGCUUAGCAGUGGCAGUGGCGGCAGUGGCGGUGCGAGGCGACGGAGCCAAAUGCGACUGUCAUCAGCAUCUCGCCCAUCGUCACGCGAACACACCAUCACCGACCCGCGGUCCUUAUCAUUUGGCAGCUCCCCCGUGGGCCACACGCCACCGCCGCCGCCGCCGUCAUCGUCAUCGCUAACGUCUGCGUCGGGCGUGGCGCCAACAGGCGUGGGCGCUGGACCAGACCACCUCCACCGUGCACACGAGUCCGUCUCGCCGUUUGUGCAACGGCGGCGCUUCAGCCUUUCUCCCUCGGGGCGCAUCGCUCCCCCGCCACCAACGUCGUCGCAGGGCGCUGCCUCGAUGACGACAACAGCAUCAAGAGGCCCACGUGUUGCGACUGCAGCAACAGGCGCCAGCGCAACCACCACAACCACAACAACGACCGUCACGAGUUAUCCGGCGUCGCCACACGCGUCAGCGGGCACGCACCGCUUUGUGCGACCAAACAGCGAAGGAUUCAUGCCGUCGCCAACGACCGUUGUGGUUGAUGUCGACCUGCUUGAGGAGCGGGGGAGGCGCCCGAGUGCACAGCCCGCAUUCGGUGACUAUCGACGCUCGUCCCUGGGGCGCGUGGUGGCCUCCCCAGACACGUCACUCGAGCUCACAGACUUCCACCCGGCCGGCACUGGUGCAGGUGCUGGUGCGCACAAGCACGUGUAUACGGGGGUGGAGGGUGGGAGCAAGGCCAGUGUUGCAUGUGAUGGUGGUGAUGACAAUGAGGAGCACGAGAGAGAAGUGGACGAAGAAGAAGACAAUGAUGAGGAGGAGGAGGAGGAAGAGGAAGAGGAAGAGGAAGAGAAGGAUUGGCUGCCGUCUUCCUAUUUCGUUCUUCCAACAAUCGAACACAAACAGCUCUACACCCAGCCGGCACAGGUUGGGCAGCUUCAGCCACUCUCACCACUGCAGCUUCAGCUCCUUCACAAGCAGCAGGAGGGAGCAUCUUCGACUGCAACGAACGCGCUGGACACGCACACCAUUCUGCUUCAGCUGACAGGGGCAGUUCGUGCCGACGUUUUGCACAAGGCGGCUGAGGACGUGUGCAGACACGUGUUACCACUUGUACUCCGCCCGAACGAGGACAACCAACAACAACACCAACAACAAGGGAGGGCGCACGUUCCUGAUGCAAGUGACGCUGAGAAGACUGAAGCCCACACACCGCUGCUGCUCAGUGCACAAUCGUUUUCCUGGUGCCAUGCACCGCCAAGAAUACGCGUGACACAGGCCCCCUCCCAGGAGCGUGCAUUGCAAGACACCGUGCUCAACAUUGGGCUGCCGCUGCCACUGACCAGCAGCACACCGUCAAUGCACGUGCACAUUGCACAGCACGACGACUUGCUGAUGCUAGCGUGUGAAUGUCUUCGCUUCGACCUCGACUUCUGGUCGCUUGCUGCCAUCACCACCGCCAUCCUCAACCACUACUUUGCACUCGUGCAGCCGCAGCGCAUCUCCCAAUCGUCGCCGAAGCCAGCAGCAUCCACAUCACUGCUCCACCCACACCCACCGCCAGCUCCGCCCACGUCCGCAGUUGCACCGCAGCCGCCAUCCAAUUCGUCGUUGUCCGUGCCGGAAUCGGGGUCCGAUGCCCCGCUUGCAUCAUCAUCAUCAUCAUCGCCGACGCCACGCCGCCGCCGGUACUCGGCCGCACGUGUGCACGCGCACGCAAAGGAAGGCAGCGACGGCCAGCCCACAGCCAAGGGCGAAGACGCUGCACAGGGCGCACGUGCCGGCGAUCGCAGUGCUGACACUGGGGCACGUGCAACCCGUGAGUCGCCGUCCGCCACCGCGGCCGACGCACCCGUUGCUCCCCGCGACGCUGGUCAGCCCGCCUCCCUAGCACCGCCAACAGCAACAGCGCCAGCAACAGCGCGAGGUACGGGAGGGCCCACGGCGGCUGUGCGCACCCCGACGCGACGGCGACGGCGACGCUCGUCACCACUGCGGCCAACGCGACCAGCACCAGCAGCACAGGACGUCAACGCAUCCACACGCCCGCGCAGCGUCGGCGUCUCUGCAUUUCACAGGCGCCGCACACCCUCCACGGGCAGUCGCCGUGGCAGCGGCAGCGGCACAGGUGAUGACUGUGGUGAUGGCCACAAUGGGGACGGCGUGUGUGGUGAUCUGCAUCGCUUUGAGGCCUUGGCCCCACUUCUCUCCAUGCAGGCCGACCCCAUCCACCACCAGCUGGUGCAGCGGCAGUGGCAGCAGCUUGUGCGCCCCCGCCACCGCCCCCGCCCGCUGCCAAGCCCGCGCUUCUUCCUCGAUUCUCGGUCGCGGCGUGGCGGUGCAUGCCGUGGGUUCCGCAUCAGCCGCAGCAGCAUGACCAUGUUCACUGCGCUGCUGGUGCUGCCGGAGAGCUGUGAUCUGCUGGAACGAGACGUGCCGCGCGUCGCGUGCAUUGCCUUGUUCGCCAUUGUGUCAUCGUUUCUGACACAACAGGACGAGUUCGUGUUUGCGGUGGAGGUGGACGCGCGGCAGGCCAUGGUGCCCAAGAACACGCUUGGCCCGCUCACCCAACCCGCUCCAGUGCGUGUGAACCUUGCCGAAGCAUCGUCCUUCAUGGACGUGUUUCUGCAGGUUGCAUCACAGGUGGUGUUUAUGACGCGCAACGCAACUGUGCCGUGCAUUGCCGAAAAUGGCUCCUCGCUCAUGGCCUCCUCACCCAUCCAGUGUCGGUAUCUGCCGCGCGCGAGUGUGGCACCGCUGGCCACCACCACCACGCGCCCGCACCCUGACCUCCACUACAGCGGCAACAGCCACAUCAGCGUGCCUGGCGCCGACUGCGUGGUGUCUCCGCUUCACCUCCCCUUCCUCCUCUCGCCGUCAUCUCGUGCUGCCCGCGCAACGCCGCUGCCACAGCUCGAGCUCACGUUCUGGGAGCGGCCAACACCGACCGAUGGCAGCGGCGGUGACGACGAUGACAAUGAAGAUGGCGAGUGCCCACGCAUCAACGCAUCUGCAAUAUGCACAGGCCCCUCACAGAAGGAGUGCAUGCAGUUGCUCGAACGCAUGGAUGCACUGCUGCGCUGUGCACUGCGUGAGGUGUCGGCGGAGGCGUAUGUGCGCCUCUCAAAGCUGUGGACACGCAUGCGGAAGGUGUGACACCACAGGGACGUGUCAGCAUGGUUACAAUCGUCGUCCUUUAUUUGCUCUUGAGGCUGGGAGGAUGCUGUUAGGUGGCAGCGGGUUGGGGGUGCUGUUACUGUGAUUGCUCCUCUUGCCAUCACCCUUGCAUGUGUUCAAAUCAACUGUCAGCCCUUCAUGUUUGCUCAAUGAUGUGACUUGAUUUCACAUCACGCAAUGCGAUGCUGUGUAAAGUGGCAUGAAAAGUUGAUUUUUUGUUGUUUCUUUCUUUCUUUCUCCACGACAGGUCUCUAGUUAGCACUCUCUUGCUUGUUUGCUGUUGUUCAUAUGUGAAGGACAACCCUGCCUUGCAUCCGGGACUCCCCUUUCGACUGUUCCUCUUGUUCUUACUUGACGCGCAUGUGCACACGACGAGCACUGUAAACCAUCUGUAGGCCUUGUUCGUGCGAAUUGCAUUUGCUUGUACCUUAUGCAACACAGAGGAGAUGAUCACAGAAACACCCAAAGAAGACGCAAG